UCUCUGACAUUGCGUCGGGAGCAGCUGACACUGGAACUCGAACAUAAACAUUGUUCACUAAUCACGACCUCCAACUUUUGUAACAUGCUCCCCUCGUUUUGAAUACCCCAUUCCGCACCCGUGGUCUAAUCAUGGCCGCUUUCAAUCACCUACUCCACAAUCCGACAGUUCGACGUUUGGGACGCCUCAACCCACCCCAUCUAAUCCUAAGUGUGGCCACGUGUCGAUUCGCCUCCCAGCCCACUCAGCCUGAGCCCAGUGGAGCCCUGCUGGAAACCAAGAAACCCGUUAAUUUAGCAGUCAAAUAUUACCUGAAGAAAAAACGAGAGCAUGACGCGUUUCUGGCCUUGGAGAACGCGGAAUUCCGUUUGGGACAGAAGCAUUUGGCCAACAUGAUGGGCGCGGACUUCGAAAGCAUGACGCAGACUGAUAUUGACAAGGCCAUUGAGUAUCUCUUUCCCAGUGGAUUGUACGAAGAAUCGGCCCGCGCUGCAAUGAAACCUCCGGCAGAGGUCUAUCCGAAGCAGAAGGAGGCCGAAUUUGAUGGCGAGGGGCGUCCUUUACAUCCAUUUUAUUUCACCACCAAGCCAAACUAUUCGCAAGCUUUAUUUGACGUGGUGGAGGUGCUGGAGAAGUUGAUGCUCUUGAACGAUCAACUCCAAAGCCAAGGGAUCUAUCCGGAUCGAGAGCUUCUGUUGAACGAUGUGGCAUUGAGUGGCACGCGAUGGAUGGCCAAAGACGAGUUCGAAAAGUCAUUUUUGGAGAGUUUGUCCACCGACCAGUAUGAUGAGCUCAUCUCCGCCUUGGAUCGGAUCACCUUCCAGCACUUCUCCUACAAAGUCAAGGAUUUCAUCUUCAAAUAUCGCGUGUCCAGCGGCCUCAUUCAAAGCAAGGUGGAGAUCUUGCCGGUCUUGACGGACGAGAAAGGCCGAUCCUAUGUUGAAGCCCAAGGUCAGAAAAAGUCCGCUUGUGCCAAGGUUCGCGUUACUAAGCCUGGCACUGGCAAGUUCACCCUCAUGAAUAUUGAUUUCCCCGAGGAGGUCCAGGGUAUCACUUACUUCUUUGGCAUGAAAGAACGUUUGGCCAUCAUGUUCCCUCUGCAGUUCACUAAGCUCUUGGGACAGGUUGACGUUGAAGCCGUGGUCAAUUUCGGUGGAUCGGCCAGCCAAGCCUCGGCUAUCCGUUACGCCACCGCCAUGUGUCUCAGAAGCUUCGUCGACGAAGGCAUGGUGGCCAGAAUGGCCGUGGCCGGCCUUCUCACCCAAGAUGUGCGCGUACGAGAACGAAAGAAACCCGGCCAGGAAGGCGCGAGGAGAAAGUACUCGUGGAAUAAGCGAUAGCGGGAUGAUGAUUAUAGGAUUAUACUACAUGGUUGUUGUAAUAAAUAUCAAACGAUGUCAA